AUGGCGUUGUUAUUUGCUAUUGUUGUUGAGUCUAUUUCACCUUAUUUCGAAAAUACAAAAAGAUUUUUCUCUUUUGGCUACAUUGGUAGCCGUGCUACUAAUAAUUUCUUUUUGAGUUUAUGUGCCCAAGUUAACAUGGGAGAAGUCCCGAGGGUUACAUUGAAGGAUUUGGGCACUUCGGGUGCAUACAAGUAUGAUAGCGGGAUUGCUCCAUUAUUGAUCCCGGAUAGUGAUUUUGAAAUCAAGUCGGCAAUGAUAAAUUUGAUUGAAAGAAGACAAUAUAGUGGAGGAACAAACGAAAGUCCGCUCAAUCAUAAUAAGGAGUUCGAGAAAUAUUGCAACACAAUUAAGGUGAGCGAUGUAGCGCAAGAAUUCAUAAGGCUCAAGAUAUUUUCUUUCUCUCUAAUUGGAAGAGCUCAAGAGUGGCUAGACAAGGAAAUGAAUCCAAAUUGUUUGAGAACUUGGGAUGAAGUCACCAAGGAAUUUCUUUCCCGUUUCUUCCCUCAAAAGAAAACGGCGGAGAUUAGAGCUUUGAUUCAAAAUUUCAAGCAAAGGACUAGUGAAAGCCUCUAUGAAGCAUGGGAAAGGAGGUCAAGUCUUGAUGCCGGAGCUGGAGGCGCAAUCAUGAAUAAGACGGUGGAAGAGGUUGUGGAUGUUAAAGACGAUGUAGUGAGGAACUACAUGGAUUGGCAAGAAGUUGAGGUAGAGUCGACAAGCGAAAAUAGCUCGGUUAAACAACUCAAUGCCAUGAACAAUCUGUCCACACAACUUUCGGACUUAGGGAAAGAAGUGGUUUCUAUCAAGGCAAAGCUUGAGAAUGCUUCUUCACAAGCUCAAACCCUUCCCUCCCAAUUUCCGGGGAGAGUCAUGGCCAAGUAUAUGGGGAUCAUAACAAAGGUUAUGGUAACUAUAAUCAAAAUUUUGGCUAGAAUCAUGGUAUGGUUCCUUGAGAGUAAGGUGUCUAAGAAGAGUGAUGCAAAAGAGAGUCCAAUUGAGAAUGAGGGAUAUGAGAGCCCUUUGGUUGAGGAAGUUUCUAAGGAACAAGUUGAGAAGGUGAAGGAGAAAGAAAAAGAAGUUUACAAACCCAAACUUCCUUACCCCCAAAAGUUCAAUAGGCACAAAUUGGAUGAACAAUUUGGAAAAUUCCACGAGAUGCUAAAGAAAAUUCAUCUUUCUAUUCCUUUCACCAAAGUCUUAGAACAAAUGUCUAACUAUUCUAAGUUUCUUAAGGAAAUUUUGAGCAGCAAGAGAGAUUGCAAUGUGGUUGAGCCAGUGAGUUUAGGGGAGUGUUGUAGUGCCUUUAUCCAUAAUGACUUUCCCCCGAAGAUGAAAUAUCCCGGAAAUUUCUCCAUCCCUUGCAAUAUUAAAGGAAAAUUGUUCCAAAAUUCCCUUUGUGAUCUUGAUGCUAGUGUUAGCAUCAUGCCUUAUUCCGUCUUCAAGAGACUUAAGAUAGGGAUUGCGGAAGAUGAUCAUAUUCCUAUCAUUAUAGGGAGACCCUUUUUAGCUACUUCGGGAGCUUUGAUAUAUGUUAAGGGAGGUGGUAUUACUUAG